AUGAAGUUGAAGUGCAUGGAAAGAAAGCGUGGGCAGCCAAAAAACCAAGUCUGCCUCCACAAAAGGAAUAAAAUUAACACAAUGAAGUUGAAGUGCAUGGAAAGAAAGCGUGGGCAGCCAAAAAACCAAGUCUGCCUCCACAAAAGACCAUCAGCAAUUUCUACCUUCCUGGCUGGGUAUUAUCCACAUAUAUUGUUUCACAAUGUCUUCGAAGCAGACCCUGACGCUACUUUUCUGCAUAAAUACUCGCAUUUCACACUUCACUUUCCACUUCGCUGCACAAACAGUUUAUCUUAUUACAAGGUGUACAGGAGUAAAAUGAUGUGGUUUCUAGUGUCAGGAAGAUAUUUAUUUAAUACCUAUAAAAGUGAGAUUCCUGCACUCACCUGCUUAAAAUCAAGGGAGGAGAUCGGUUGUAGACUGGUAGCAGCAGAAGCAGGUGAAGCUGUAGUGUGUAUCAUAUUUCAAGCAAAAGCACUAAGCACAAUUGCAAAAAACCACCACAGAAUAAAAGCAUGUGUCAGGAAUGAGAAUUGUGUCAAUCAUUGUUCUACUGCUGCUUCUCUUAACAAUAGUGAGAUUAAAGAGACGAAGGAAAUGCCUGAGGAUAACGAAAGAGGAUGCAUCAAUGGUGAAGUAUGUCGAAAUGGAAAAUAUUGA